CGCGCCUCAAGAUGGCGGCCGACAGUGAGCCCGAGUCGGAGGUCUUCGAGAUCACGGACUUCACCACCGCCUCGGAAUGGGAAAGGUUUAUUUCCAAAGUUGAAGAAGUCUUAAAUGAUUGGAAGCUGAUUGGAAACUCCUUGGGAAAGCCACUUGAAAAGGGUAUAUUUACUUCUGGCACAUGGGAAGAAAAAUCAGAUGAAAUUUUCUUUGCUGACUUUAAGUUCUCAGUCACUCAUCAUUAUCUUGUGCAAGAGUCCAUUGAUAAAGAAGGGAAGGAUGAAUUAUUAGAAGAUGUUAUACCACAGUCUAUGCAAGAUUUGCUGUGUAUGAACAAUGAUUUUCCUCCAAGAGCACAUUGCUUAGUAAGAUGGUAUGGACUUCGGGAGUUCGUGGUGAUAGCCCCUGCUGCAAACAGUGAUGCUGUUCUCAGUGAAUCUAAGUGCAAUCUUCUUCUGAGUUCUGUUUCUAUUGCUUUGGGAAACACUGGCUGCCAGGUACCACUCUUCGUUCAAAUUCAUCACAAAUGGCGAAGGAUGUAUGUAGGAGAAUGUCAAGGUCCUGGUGUUCGAACUGAUUUUGAAAUGGUUCAUCUUCGGAAAGUACCAAAUCAGUAUACUCAUUUAUCGGGUCUGCUGGAUGUCUUCAAAUCAAAAAUUGGAUGUCCUUUAACACCACUGCCUCCAGUUAGUAUUGCUAUUCGGUUUACUUACGUACUUCAGGAUUGGCAGCAAUAUUUUUGGCCUCAACAACCUCCAGAUAUAGAUGCUCUUGUAGGAGGAGAAGUUGGAGGUUUGGAAUUUGGCAAGUUACCUUUUGGUGCUUGUGAAGAUCCUAUUAGUGAACUCCAUUUAGCUACUACCUGGUCUGACCUGACUGAAGGUAUCAUCGUGGAUAAUGAUGUUUAUUCGGAUCUGGAUCCUCUUCAGGCUCCUCAUUGGUCUGUUAGAGUUCGAAAAGCUGAUAAUCCUCAGUGUUUGCUAGGUGAUUUUGUCACUGAAUUUUUUAAAAUUUGCCGUCGAAAGGAAUCAACCGAUGAGAUUCUUGGACGAUCCACAUUUGAGGAAGAAGGGAGAGACACUGGUGAUAUAACUCAUGCUUUGUCAAAGUUGACAGAGCCAGCACCGGUUCCGAUUCAUAAAUUGUCAGUUUCAAACAUGGUCCAUACUGCAAAGAAGAAGAUAAGAAAACACAGAGGUGCAGAAGAGUCACCACUGAAUAAUGAUGUCCUUAAUACUAUUCUUUUGUUCUUAUUUCCUGAUGCUGCUUCUGAGAAACCAUUAGAUGGAACACCCUACAUAGACAACAGUAACCCUCCAUCAGAUGGCGAGGAUUAUACUCUCUACAAUCAAUUCAAAUCUGCACCAUCUGACAGUUUAACAUAUAAGUUGGCUUUGUGCCUUUGUAUGAUCAACUUCUACCAUGGGGGAUUGAAAGGAGUGGCACACCUCUGGCAGGAAUUUGUUCUUGAAAUGCGUUUCAGAUGGGAAAACAACUUUAUGAUUCCAGGGUUAGCAAGUGGACCCCCAGAUCUAAGAUGUUGUUUACUGCAUCAGAAACUACAGAUGUUAAAUUGUUGUAUUGAAAGAAAGAGGACCCGUGAUGAUGGAAGAAAGGCAAAUGCUUCAGAUAAUGUUUUUCCAACAUACUCAGGGGGUGCUGGAAGAGCUGGAGAUCAAAUGAGGCUUGAUAAUCUAAAAGACACAGAUAAAGAAAAGGGAGAAGUGGGAAAGUCUUGGGAUUCUUGGAGUGACAGUGAAGAAGAGUUUUUUGAAUGCCUAAGUGAUACUGAAGAUCUGAAGGGAAAUGGACAAGAGAGUGUCAAGAAAGGACCUAAGGAGAUGGCAAACUUAAAGCCAGAAGGGUGCCUUCGUCAACAUGGGAAACUCACAUUGCUACAUAAUGGAGAACCUCUGUACAUUCCUAUAACCCAGGAACCAGCACCUAUGACAGAAGAUCUGCUAGAAGAGCAGUCAGAGGUUCUGGCUAAAUUAGGUACAUCAGCAGAAGGGGCUCACCUCCGAGCUCGCAUGCAGAGUGCCUGUCUGCUCUCAGACAUGGAGUCUUUCAAGGCAGCUAAUCCAGGCUGUUCCUUGGAAGAUUUUGUGAGAUGGUACUCACCCCGGGAUUAUAUUGAAGAGGAAGUGGUUGAUGAAAAGGGCAACACAGUUGUGAAAGGAGAACUAAGUGCCAGAAUGAAGAUUCCAAGCAAUAUGUGGGUAGAAGCAUGGGAAACAGCUAAGCCAAUUCCUGCUAGAAGGCAAAGAAGACUCUUCGAUGAUACACGGGAAGCAGAAAAGGUGCUACACUAUUUAGCUGUCCAGAAACCUGCAGAUCUUGCUCGACACCUGUUACCUUGUGUAAUCCAUGCAGCUGUACUCAAGGUAAAGGAAGAAGAAAAUCUAGAAAACAUUUCUUCAGUUAAGAAGAUCAUAAAGCAGAUUAUAUCCCAUUCCAGUAAAGUUUUGCACUUCCCCAAUCCAGAAGAUAAGAAGUUGGAAGAAAUCAUCCAUCAAAUUACUAAUGUGGAAGCGAUCAUUGCAAGAUCCCGAUCACUGAAAGCCAAGUUUGGAACUGAGAAAUGUGAACAAGGGGAGGAAAAGGAAGAUCUUGAAAGGUUCGUGAGUUGCCUUUUAGAGCAGCCUGAAGUGUUGGUCCUGGGUGCCGGAAGAGGACAUGCUGGCAGGAUCAUUCGCAAGCUGUUUGCAAAUGCCCAGCGGCUGACUGAAUCUUCUGAUGAGGCUGCAGCCAUGGUUCCACCGGAGGAGGAAUCAAAGAGAUCUGGCCCAUCGGAAGAGCGAAGACAGAGCGCUGUGUCCGACUUCCCUCCUCCUGCAGGUCGGGAACUCAUCCUGCGCACCACUGUGCCCCGACCGGCGCCCUAUUCACGGGCUCUCCCCCAGCGCAUGUACAGUGUGCUAACCAAAGAGGAUUUCCGCCUUGCAGGUGCCUUCUCAUCGGAUACCUCCUUCUUCUGACUCUGGUUACCACCACUGUGGCCACCCAAGGUGGGAGGGAGGUUAUGCAUGCCAGAACCUGAAGGGGCUAUGCAAUUAAAUGAUCCAGAAUCAUACCAGCAUUGAAAGAUUCUCUAGAACCAAGCUUGGGCUCUAACGCAUCUGGUGGGGUAGAAAGAAAUAGACUGGGAUUGUUGAAAGAUUUCUGUCCUUUAAACGUGACUUAAUGUGAAAGCAGGAUCCAGGAAUAGUAAACAGCAGAAAAAUCUAGUGAAGCUUCACGCAUUCUGGCAGAAUUAUUCGUUUUAUACUCUUCCUCGACUAUCUCUUAGGCUGUUGCCUUGCAUUUGUAGUCUUAGUAAACAUUUAAUUGUCAUAUUUAGUAGUAUGCCAGCUCUAGUUACCUGUUAAUUCAGAUUUCUGGAUAUUUUGGUGGUAGCUUCUCAUCCCAGAAUCUGUGUUUUUAAAAUACUAAGUGACAUGGUAUCUUCAAUCAGCUAUUGGUUCUUUCUAUUGUACCAACUAAAAUUUGAUGUGCAUUUUGAAUAUCCUAAGAGAGAGUCUAAGUUUUCAUGUUCUUUCCUGUAAAUGUGAUACAGACACAUGUAUAUCUUCUGAUUAAACUAUUAAAUAUUAUAAAAAAACUAUUAUAUAAAUAUAAAA